CCAAUUCACUAUCGCGCUUUGCUUUCAUUCUCAGCAUCUCAGCAUGGUCACUUUACGGGACCUUCUACUUCAACCUGCUUUCCCAGAUGGCACUGCUGCAUUUCACACCUUAACAGGAGCCGGUGAACCCAGUUUGUCCCACAAGAGCUGGGUAGCGGAUUAUCCGGAGGUUCUACCUCAAGCUCUUCGAAUUUUUGAGAACCCUGACCAAGACACCAUCAACACCAUAUUUGGUGACGAAAACGCUCUGGACCAUCGUCUCUUAACCAAGGAUGUGAUGCCCCUCAACGACACAGUCGAAUGGUUCCAGAAAGAGGGCGACAGUGUCAGGGCAUUCUACACUCAUAUUUCACACCCCAUCCAGCUCGCCUUCCAUACCAACCUUGGCCCUCCAUUCAUCAUCCAACGGUCAGAGUCAGGACCUCUUGGCCAAACCCAAGUCUCGCAGACCGUCGACUUCAGUUGGGGAUGCGGAGAGUCUUCCCUUAUGAUAGGGGAGCUCAAGAGGCAUGGGAUAAUCAACACUGGAGCAUGGAUCACAAGCCCAAGGCGGCCAGAUGGCAAUCGUGUUUGGCUCGGAAAGGAGUUGAGAGCAUACUGCCAUAAAUACAAGUGCUUCGCCGCGUCAGGAUUUGAUGGCCGACACCUCCUGAUCCUCGUAUUCCAGGCUCAAACUGUUCGACAAAUCGGGGACCAAAACUGCCCAGUCACUGGCCUUCUUUUCGCACAUGGCUGCCCAACAUUGCAGUACGGCCUCUUCCGGACAGUGACCCAGCAGAUUGGGAGAAUGCAAGCUACUACGGCUCCGCCAGUGACCUUGGAUGGUUAUGUUCGCAGAUUCAGGUAUUGGUCAGGGGCACCUUAUUGGGUGGAUGGGAAUAACGAGUAUGAAGUACAUCCUACCGGCUAUAUAAGAAUGUUGGAUGUGAGUGGCGCAUGGUACUGGGCUCAUCUAGAUGGGCAGCCUGUUCUGUAUGAGGAUGGUGGGGUUGUUUGGGAUACCGCUGGACUCGGGUUGUGAUCUUGUAGCUUCCGACCCCCG